AUGAGCAAAUCCAAUAAAAUAUUAACUCCUGAAUACCUGGAUUGGCAUGCCAAAUUAACUGGGUUACCAAGUGUUUUGACAGAUAGGAUUCGGUCCAGCUUAUACAAAAAAUAUAAAAAAGAAACUGGGUAUGAGCCAUGGCAAUUAUCAGAAGAUCGCCUCAUAAAUUCAAAGCCAGAAAACAAAGUAUCCAAUUUAUCUUUUCCCUCCUCCGGUGAGCAAUGUGAAGAAAAAGGGCCUAUCACUUAUGAAACUAAACCCGAUCCAGAAUUGAUUAUCAAAUCCGUCUUAGAGCACUUCCCAUACUUGAAAUUCGGAAAUAGUUUCAGAGGGAUUGAUAAUUAUAAUUUUACAUCUCUUCAGCCAUGGAACUCACCAUGCCCUAUUUGUGAUGGAAAACAUGGGAAUUAUGGAUUACAUGGCUCAUGGUACUGCGAAAAUGGGAAUCAGCUCCCUUAUGAUCCUGAAUUAGCGAAAUUGUAUUUCCAGGAUAAGUUGGAAUAUUGUCUUACCUGCAAUACUUCAAGUAAACUCAAGUUCGCGAUUGUGGCUUAGACCGG